GAAGAGUAGAGCAUUACUGGAGCCGAGUUUGGGAACAAAGGACCACCCCGAUGGGCUAGGUUCUUGGAAAAGGGGUGUCGCAGUGCAGAGAAGCAUCAGGCCGCGUUUCCAGCGAUUCCAGCCGCCCUCCUGCCCAAGAGUCCAUUCCUGGACCCCAGAGUCCCGAGUCCAGCCCAACAAGAAGGGAGGGAGGGAAAGGGCGUGGCCUGUGUCGAGAGAGGGAGCGGUUUUUCUGAGGGCGUGGUCCACUCUGGGCACAGCCUUCUCCUCCUUUUUCUCCUCUGCCUGUUUGUCCGGGAAGAGUGCUCUAAUACAUACUCGGAUCGCCUGGCAAGAGCGAGCACUGUUGGGCGAAGGUAAUUUAGUGCCAAGAUGGCAGUCCUCUCAAAGGAAUAUGGUUUUGUGGUUCUCACUGGUGCCGCCAGUUUCAUAUUAGUCACUCAUCUUGCCAUCAAUGUAGGCAAGGCCCGGAAGAAGUACAAAGUGGAGUAUCCCACCAUGUACAGUACUGAUCCAGAAAAUGGGCACCUUUUCAACUGCAUUCAGCGAGCCCACCAGAAUACAUUGGAAGUGUAUCCUUCCUUUUUGUUCUUCCUAGCUGUUGGAGGCAUUUACCAUCCUCGUGUAGUUUCUGGUUUGGGGAUUGCGUGGAUAAUUGGACGUGUCCUUUAUGCUUAUGGUUAUUACACAGGAGAACCAAGCAAGCGGAAUCGAGGCCUGGUGGGUUCCAUUGCUCUCCUAGGACUGAUGGGGACAACUGUGUGCUCUGCUUUCCAACAUCUGGGUUGGAUUAACCGAGGCUUGGGCCAUGGACCUAAGAGUUGUCAUUGAAGAAACAAAGGCUUAACUAUCUCCUUCUUUUGGAUGUUAAACCUUUAUCAUUUAAGUGUGUUCUUUUUUCUUUUUUUCUAAAUACAAUAAACCUAUUUGGCAUUAGCCUCAUACCAAUA